UAAGGAAACGAUGCCCACGUAAAAUGAAGAGUGGAGUACUACAUAAAGUGACAUCUCCCCUAGUCUUAUGGUGUUGAACUCACCUCUUAAAUUAUAGCUUUGUAUUUUUUUUGAUAUAUGGUGUUUGAGUAAGCUUACGCACACCUUAAAUUAAAUUAAGGAGCUAUAUUAUAUGUCCAUCAAGACUACGACAUAGCUUUGUAAUUUAUUUUGCUUUUCUGGGGUCACCUUUUAUUUCUGUUAGAAAAGAAGGAACUUUGCUGCCAUGGAAAUUCAAGGAAGCUCUGACACUUCUCUAACUAACCAAAGAAGGAACCUUGCUGCCAUGGAAGUUCAAGGAAACUCUGACACUUCUAUAACUAACCAAAGGUUAUUGGGCAAAGUCGCUUUAGUCACUGGAGGGGCAAAUGGCAUAGGAGAGAGCAUAGUACGUCUAUUUCAUAAACAUGGUGCAAAAGUAUGCAUUGCUGAUGUUCAAGAUGAACUUGGACAGCGUGUUUGUCGGACCCUUGGUAAUGACCAGAAUGCAUGUUUUAUCCACUGUGAUGUUACUGCAGAAGCUGAUAUUAGUAAUGCAGUUGAUUUUACCGUUCAAAAGUUUGGUACACUUGAUAUAAUGGUUAAUAAUGCCGGGUUGUCUGGACCCCCUAUUCCAGAUAUCCGUGACUAUGAACUUUCUGCAUUUGAGAAUGUGCUUGACGUGAACUUGAAGGGUGCUUUCCUUGGAAUGAAGCAUGCUGCUCGCAUAAUGAUACCACUAAAGAAGGGAGCAAUUGUAUCUCUGUGCAGUGUUGCAAGUGCCAUUGCUGGAACCGGACCUCAUGGUUAUACAGCUUCCAAGUAUGCUGUUUUGGGACUGACGCAAAACGUUGCAGCUGAGAUGGGAAAACAUGGAGUACGUGUGAAUUGUGUUUCUCCUUACGCUGUUGCAACUGGAUUAGCUCUGGCUCACUUGCCUGAGGAUGAAAGGACCGAUGAUGCAAUGGAAGGUUUUCGUGCUUUUGUUGCCAGGAAUGCUAACUUGCAGGGUGUGGAAUUGAUGGCUCACGAUGUUGCUAAUGCUGUGCUUUUCUUAGCCAGUGAUGAAGCAAGGUAUAUCAGUGGGCAUAAUCUAAUGAUUGAUGGUGGUUUCUCAUGUGUUAAUCACUCCCUUAGGGUCUUCAGAUAAUUACAUGUUGAUUAAUCUUAUGGGAACUUUCAGAGAUUAUCAUACUGUUUGUGCUUUUUCCAUUGAAAUAGCAUUAUGCCCGUAAAAGGACAAACAAGACUAUUUUCUCUUACAGAUGUUCAAGGAUGAGAUUGCCAGAUUCAGAUAUAGCUGCUCUGUAGUUUGGCAGGUAUAAUCAUGUGCGUUGACGAUGUCGUGCUGGUAUUUGUUGUGACAGAGGUGCUCUUUGUUAAGACCCAAGUAAUUACCUAUAUUGUAGCCUUAGUUUAGAUUUCAUAGUGUGCAUCAUUGUAUACAUGAAGUGGCAUUUUUGGAUCAUUGCUCAUUUACCUGUUAUAUAUCACAUUUCUGGGAAAAACUGAGAACAAAAUCCAAUCCUUAUAGUAUCAUUUCA